CUCCAUGCUGGACAUGGUUCAUAUAUCAGUUGCAGUCAGACAGUCGCUUGGGCAUGUCCGUCUCGCACCGUUGUCUUGGUUUUAUAUUUUACUGCUAGCUACUUCUCGUAUAUCGUGCGUGAUUCCCGCACGUUACCUCUACCCGUCAACUGUGUCUGGCAAAAAAAAAAGGAAUUCUCUGGAGAGAAAAUCCGGUUGGCAACAGACGAGUGGCCGCUUUGACCCGUUCCAAUAUUUUUGCUCUUGUUUUCAAAAUCGGGAGGAAAUUUUUCAUAAUCGUGAUACGAAUCGUGAUCUCAUCGCGAUUGCAACCUCUGUUCCAUUUUCAAAAGUUGGCGGAUGGAAUGGUGUGUUGGAAGGUGACUUGAAUAAUUCAGCCUUAAACAUAAUGGAUGUCCAACGCAAUGCCAAAAAGUGUAAAUUCCAAGAGGAUCAUCAUCACCGUCUAUCGGAUGUGAAUAAACAAGUGAAACCAACUCCACUUCCGGCAGAUCCUUGUCCACUAUUACGACCUUACUGUCAUCAGGUCGGAGGACAUACUCAGUUCUUGCAGCUGGAUCAAUCCACGGUUUGCAAGCCUUUGAUUCCACGAGAGUUGAGUUUCUACCUGAAUGCACCUGCCGACAUUCGAACAUUUACGCCACAGUGCAAAGGUGUAAUCCAGACGUGGCAUCAAGAAGGCCGACAAUACUGGAGGCGAUUCGCAAUGGAUGAAAUCAGCGUCACAGCGUACCAUUCGGAAAUCUCAUCUCAUCAACACCGUCACGAUGCUCCAUUGAGGAUAUCUCUGGCCGGCCAUGAAGCCAUUUCUUACCAUCCGGCACACACUUACACUGAUGGAUCAUCUCAAUUUUUUAUUAUGCUGGAAAAUGUGGCAUCCGCGUUCAAAUUCGAGCGGCCCUGCGUCUUAGAUUUGAAAAUGGGCACCAGACAACACGGUGACGACGCAUCCGCCGAGAAACGAAACAGGCAAAUGGCCAAGUGCGCAGCCAGCACUUCCGCCUCUCUCGGACUCCGGCUCUGUGGCAUGAAGGUUUAUGAGGCAACGUCUGACAAGUUCGUCAGUCGAGACAAAUAUUUUGGUCGGCGUCUCGAUGCGGAUGGAUUGCGCAAAGCGUUGGUCCAGUUUUUCGCUAGCGGAGGAGCACGGCGUAACGGAAUCAUUGACGCUAUCCUUGAACGACUAAGACUCCUCCGUAAGGCCGUCGAACAGCAGGAGACGUUCCGUUUCUAUUCUAGCUCUCUGUUGAUUGUCUACGAAGGAUGUGAUGAAAGUAGCGAAUAUUUUUCCAGUCCGGAUUUCCAUUUUCUGAGUCCGUUCCAUGGCGGCAGACGAUCUAAUUCGGAUUGCGAUUUAGAGAGAAUAGGAGAUAUGGAUCAUAGACAGAUGGGAAAGAAUCAUUACAAGCCGGCCAGGUCCAGUUCGGAUGCUCAGAUUCCGCAACUUAAACAAGUAGCUCUUCCGCAUCGACAUCAGCACAGAAACCAACUGGAUUUCGAUUCGCUGUCUAUUACGGACACGUCGAGCGAUUGCUAUUUGACGGACAGCUGUGACAAUCAGUCUUUCAGCACGAGUCCGCAGUCAGUAGAUAGCGGACUCGAAUGUUUCAUGAUGGAUCAAAAUUCUUCUUCGUCCAGCUCGACCAGCACUACUGAUUAUACCUGGCCAAAUGCCAGUGGAUGUCAAGCUGGGGGACGUUUCAAAAGAAUCCUCAGGCAUUCAAUUGCAACUGGAAAUCAACUUGGAUAUGAAUGUGACAAUUCAACGGACAGCACAGACAGUGGAGUCUUUUCUUCAUCCGCUGGAUUCCAUCAAUUAAACACUGCUAAAAAGAGUAUCCUUAUGAAGCGAUCAGCUGCUGUGUACAUGGAUAGUGAAGAAGACAGCGAAAGCGACAUGGAACAUAACAGUCAACAAAAAUCUUGCCGCCCGCUCGAUUUAGAACAAUGUGGGAUGGCGGGAUCGGCAGCUGACGAAGAAGGUGAAUUGACACCUGUGCUGGAAGUGAGCCGGACUGAAGAGUUUACAGUAGAUGGAAACCUAAAGAAACGACGAGUUAUGGAUGAAGCGAGUCCAACUAGCAAAACGGAUAAUUGCUGGGCAGAUUGCGUAGAUGUCCGAAUGAUCGAUUUUGCCCACACAACCUUCUCCGGCUACCUCGGACUGGACGAAAGGGUCCAUUGGGGACCCGACAAUGGAUACCUUUUCGGUCUUGAAACUUUAACCGGCAUCUUAAAAGAAUUACGAGGAGAUUCCAUCAUUGUACCUCCAGAACGUUGUUGAAACUUGGCAAUCAACACUUUUUAUUCAUGCUCUAAUGAGUUUCAAUUAAUCGUUUUGAUUAUUGGGAAGAAAAAUGUGUUGGUGACUGGGCAUCAGUUGUUUGGCCGCUAAAUGACAUUUGAAUUUUUAAGGGUAGAUCUCUUCUCACUGUUUCACACUGGAUACAUCAUUUCCUCAAACUGAAUAUCAUUAUUAACCCCCCUAAUUGCAGAAAGACUAUGUUGAACAAGUGUAAACCCUGUGCCUCCCUUACCCUUUUCUAAUGAUGACGUUAGAAAAUCAAAAGGAGAGAUAACAAAUUUGUACCUGUCCCACUUUCUGCUGAAACCUCAAAAACUUGCAUCGUUCGUGAUGAAUGAUAACAGUUUAUCCCCAAUAAUUUUUGUCUGUGUCGUUGGUUUUGUUCGCAUAGUAGUUUGAUAAAUCGGAUUAUUUUUUAUUGAAAAGAAAAAAAAAACCAAAAAAAGGAGUAGAAACGGACAAGACGAUGCAUUUAGCAGACAUUCAAUUUUUAGGACAUGAAAUAAUUCAACAGUUUAUAUUUGUCUUCCUAUCCCUCACGCGACCAUUUAGGUUUGAAAAAGUAUCAACAUAGAUGUCAAAUCAAAUGAUAUAUAUGUAAUAUAAUCCCGUAUUUUGGCGCCUUUUUUUCAAAUAAAAAAUAUUUGACACUGCAAAACGUAUAACGAGUAA